AUGUCUCUCAAACAGGAAAUCGAAACGUGGGUGGCCGCGCUGAGCAACUACGACAACAAUGAGUUCGACGAGGCCCUCAAGGAGUUUGAGAAAGUCUCUGACACUUCCAAAAUCCUCUUCAACAUGGGCGUUAUCCAUGCCACGCUUGGCGAGCACGAGAAAGCUGUCGAGUGCUACCAGCGCGCUGUUCGUCUAGACCAGUAUCUCGCGGUUUCUUAUUUCCAGCAGGGCGUGUCGAAUUUUCUGCUUGGUGACUUCGAAGAAGCCCUGGCCAACUUCAACGAUACACUCCUCUAUCUUCGGGGCAAUACUAUGAUCGACUACGCACAGCUCGGCCUUUUGUUCAAACUGUACUCAUGCGAAGUUCUGUUCAACCGCGGUCUGUGCUACAUCUACCUGCAGCAGAAAGAUGCCGGUAUGCAGGAUCUGUCGUACGCCGUAAAGGAGAAGGUCGUCGAAGACCACAAUGUCAUCGACGAGGCUAUUCGCGAAGAAGCCGAGGGCUACACUGUCUUCUCAAUUCCCGUCGGCGUGGUUUACCGGCCAAACGAGGCCAAGGUCCGUAACUUGAAGACGAAAGACUAUCUCGGCAAGGCUCGUCUAGUCGCGGCCUCUGAUCGCGCCAACGCCUUCACCGGUUUCGCUGGCUCCGAAAUCAAAAAUGCCGGCAUGGUCGACGUCAAAGAUGACCGCCCGGCAGACAACAUCUCGUUUGCCGCUACCAACCUCGUCAAAGCCGAUAUCCAGAGCCGGAGGCUACAGUCCGAACCUCCCGCUGGCCGCAACGUCUUUCCACCUACACCACCACCCGAGAACGACAAGCAGGGUGGCAUCAGCAGAGGCGCGUCCGUUCGCAACGGCCCAAAGCCGAUGCCAGCGAAGCUUAAUAUCGAUCGAACGCGCCCCAACGACCGCUACGAGAAGGCGGGUUCGCCACAAGACGGCCGCCCGAGAGUCCAGCGCUCCAACUCGACAGCGCCGUCGCGGAGUUUCUCACAGCGCGGUCCACCGCAGUCGCGACGGCAACAAGUCGACGAGGAGGACGCGUACCCAGACGAGCUCUACGACAUGUACCAAGGUGGGGGGGGAAACGACAGAGGCAGCCGCUCGCAAAACUCAGGCAGACGGCCCCAGCAAAGGUAUAUCGAAGAAGAGGACGAAGGUGGCAGCGACUACGAUGACGGCUCGUUCGACGAGGGCGACUUCGAGAUGGUCUCAAGCCGCCGCCCUGGUACGAACUCCAUGUCCGGAAGCUCUCGCGGCCAGUCCAGAAGACCAGAAAUCCGGAAGAUUCGGGUUAAGGUCCAUGCUGAUGACGUUCGGUACAUCAUGAUCGGUGCUGCCAUUGAAUUCCCCGAUCUCGUGGACCGUAUCCGCGAGAAGUUUGGCAUUCGCCGUCGGUUUAAGAUCAAGGUUCGCGAUGAUGACGGCCCAGACGGAGACAUGGUCACCAUGGGCGAUCAGGACGACCUCGAAAUGAUUGUGAUGACCGCGAAGUCAAAUGCACGCAAGCAGAGACUGGAUAUCGGAAAGAUGGAGAUCUGGAUUCAAGAGAUGUAG